AUGGCGACUUCCUCUCGUCGAGUUCCGCUAGCCAGCAUUUCCAAUGCCGCCAACUCUCCUCACCGCCCGCUCACCAACAGCAGCUCUAAACGCCCUAGAAGCCUAGCCAGCGUGUCCCAGCAGGAAAAUGAACCUCCUCACAAACGGUUGGCCGUCGAUAGGGCCGGCCGGGAGGUCUUCAACCCAGUUACCCCUCAAAAACCAUCACAACCGCCCUUGCCGGAAGGUCGCGUUUUUGAAAGAGGCCAUGGGGAGUCUGCCUCGACUGCCUUCCAACGGAAAUUGGUGGCUGCCAGAGACAGAGAUCGAACUGCUAGUCUACGUGUGACUAAGAACGUCGAUGCUAAAGAGGACUCGGGACUCAGAGCAUGGCAAAGACAUUAUCGAAAACUGUUUCCAGCCUUCAGGUUCUACUUUGAUGGGUUUUCCGAGGAGGUCAAAUCACGCUUCCUCCGACACAUAACGGCUCUAGGAGCGAAAGAAGAAAAGUUCUUUUCCAAAGCCGUCACACACAUAGUAACGGCUCGCCACAUUCCCCCGGAGCUGGGGAAGAACACCGCCGGUGGAGAUGAGUCUGCGCAACCCUCUCCGAUCGAAGACCACCCUCAAACAAUCAAUCCGUCUUUGCUCGAGAAGAACCCUCGCGGAUCUGCUGGCCCCAACGUGACGCGCAACGGAUUCAAUCCAAUGGACAUUCUUGUCAGAGGGAAAGAAAUGGGCAUGAAGAUCUAUUCAAUUGACAAACUACAAAGAGUGCUCAACUCUGUGCUUGAUGACGGUGGAAAUCAUGGCCAUCACACCAGGGCAUCGGCACAUACCACCCGGCAUCAGCAUGAAGAUCUGGGGGAGGUCUUGAGGAACGAGAAACUCGGAGUUGCUUCGGAGAGGGAGCUUCCGUUUAUGUCUCUAGUCGCAUUCAAAGGUCCCUUCAUCUAUGUUCAUGACAUGGAUGAAAAGUAUCGUCCUACCUUGGUCAGGGAGUACCCAAAAGUGGCAAAGAGGGCCGACGGUGAAUGGCCUCAAUUCCGGUCUGCCAGCGUUGGAAAAUGCCCAUUCGUCGAGGAUCCUGCCAUGAAGAAGGAUAUCGAGCAGGAGCAGAAGAGAGCCCAGAGGCUUGCCCUCCAGCAGGAACAGCAACGUCAACAACAGCAACGACGCGAACAAAAUAUUCCUCGCACACGAUCUCAUGUAGCUGUUACCGCCGCCGGACUCGAUUCUCCCCGCCGCGUCAGCCCCCGAAAGGCCCUGCAAGUGGUCAAUAACAGUGCCAAUGCUUCUGUGGACCUAGACAAAGAGAAGAAGGACUUGAAGAUUCACGCCGCUGCCAUGGAACGUCAACCAUCAUUUCCUCCCAUGCCGAAGCGAGACGAAAUCGAAUUCGUUCAGCCACCUCAGCUCCACAUAGGUCGAGAGCCAGCAGCAUCCGGGAUCCAAAGAUCAAACAUUACUUCGGCAAUCCAGUCCCAGAUGAUUUCUUCCACGGCGGCCACUGGAGUCAAAGCCGGCACCAGUAAAGAGGUGCAUCAUCAGUUGCAGCGCCAGGUCCUUGAGCGCACCCAUACUGGCAGCCUUUCCGUUGGUUCUAUUCCUUCAUCUCAUCGCAUGAAUGACCUUGUCGGAGCUUUGAAGACUGCGCGAGGCCCCGCUCCGCAAAGAGCAGCCAAAAGCAAAGCACAAGAGAAGUUGGGCGGCAUUCAAGAAGAAACCGAUUCGCAUGCCGAUGACAUUGCGGCCGAACGCGCCGUGCAUCCGUCAAGGAGGAAGAAGGCUAUCAGGAGAGACCCUAAGCCAGGGUACUGUGAGAACUGCCGUGACAAAUAUGAAGAUUUUGACGAGCAUAUUGUGUCUCGUAAGCACCGAAAAUUUGCAAUGACCCAGUCGAAUUGGACGGAACUUGACGCCCUUCUCGCGAAACUCCAAGCUGCUUGA